AUGGAUCGCAGGCCUCAAUUGCCAGCGCUCAGUUACCUCGACGUGGACCAGGUGAAGCGCGAAGAAGACGCUUACCAGAACCACAACGCUGGCACGCCACAAAGUUUAUCGAAUACCAGCGCCGCUCCCAGCCCGACCUAUCAAUACCCUUCAGGACCACCUCCGCCCUACAGUCAUGCCCAUGGAGUGGCCCCUCCAGCACAGCAGCAUGCAAACGCAUGGACGGGUACGCAAUCAGGUGUGCACACCCCGCCCGAGAGUCGUCGCACCAGCGAGCAUGAGAAGGAAGCUGCCAAACAAGGCCCCAGGCAAUCACUGCCAUCGAUCUCGGAAGCGCUAGGCGUCGACAGCCAAACCGCCUUCGCAUCUGCACCUGCUGCUCCCGCGCCUCUGCAGUCGACACAUCUUCCUCUGCCGGCAUCUGGCCCGCCAACAUCUCCAUCUGCCUCAUCGAGACGAUCAUAUCCGAUGGAACCGCCUCCAGGCCACGCGAAUUCGUUCGCAAACAGCAGUAGCUAUUCGCAAUAUCCACAGUAUCGCUCGGAGCCAGCACAACGACAAUCGUAUCCUCCUCCCGCCGAGGCUACCCGUGCUCCUGCAGCCUACCCGCCCGUGCAGGACUCUAAGCCGGUGCUGCAUCAGCCCUCUGCUCAACCACAGUCCCGUUCACCACCCCCACCCACGAGCUUCUCACGUCCGCUGGAGUCCUCGCCAGCAUCUGAACACCCGCCAAAUCCUAGUGCGGGCUCCAUGGCCCCGCCGAGCAGCGUCCCAUAUGGCUACACGCCGUACCCACCCAGAUAUGCCGACCCUACGCCGCCUGCCAGUACAUCUUCCGGGCCCAUCUACCAGCCUUCCACGGUUUAUGGGACGCCGCAGACGACGUCAUCGUCCGGCUGGAAAGCUGAGAACACUGCUCGCUUUGACAGUCGGCAACCUGAGCAGGCUAAUUACGGUGAUAAUGUCAAACGUCAUCUGGACUUCUACGACUUGGGGCAAGCUUUGAACGAGAUAAGCAGCGUCAGCGGACACUUGGGCGAUUUCGCACGUCGAUACGGUGACCGGAUGCAUCAAACGCAGCGAGUAGGGCCUUCGCCGUCUACUUUACCAGGAAUUGUGGAAGUGGACGACAUGGUGGCUAAAUCACGUGCGCAGCUUGACUCUCUGCUCAAAAUACGAGAUGUGGUUUUGGCUCAGCAAGCGGUCUACGAACAGCAAGCAGCUGAUCAGCGCCUCCAACACAAAGCUUUUAGUGAGGGUCCGCAGCCACAGCCAGAUCUCCAUGCUCCAGAGAUGGACGAAAGUAAGGCUGGUGGGUUCGCAGGCGUUGACACCAAGAAGCGGAGAGGACGGGCUGCACCACCAGGUCGAUGCCACAGCUGUAACCGCGCCGAGACACCAGAAUGGCGACGAGGACCGGACGGGGCCAGGACUCUGUGCAAUGCUUGCGGCCUGCACUACGCGAAACUCACCAGGAAGAACAAUGGCGCCAACAAGAACACGAGCGUUGGCAACUCCAACCUGCGACCUAAAGAGAACAUGCCAUGA